AUGUCUUCUGCUCCUGACGGGCAACCAAUGCUGCCUCUUCCUGGAGCCCCGUCUUCUUCAUGGUCCCGAUUUCGUGAGAGAUUCGGUGCAUUGUUUCAUGGCGCUGACCCCAGGGUCUGUGUUGCAUUCUGGCUACUUGGCUUGAUCAACAAUGUCCUCUAUGUUAUCAUUUUGUCCGCUGCCCUCGAUUUGGUAGGGCCUAGUGUCCCCAAGGGCGUUGUUCUUCUCGCAGAUGUCAUUCCCUCAUUCGGAACGAAGCUGAUUGCACCCUACUUUAUCCACUUGGUUCCAUAUCCUGCUCGGGUAUUAUUCUGUGUGCUAUGUUCAGCUCUGGGUAUGCUUUUAGUGGCCUUGAGCCCAGCCUAUACAGAUGGCGGUUCAAUCUCCACCAAAAUCGCGGGUAUCAUUCUAGCGAGCUUGUCGAGCGGAGGAGGCGAACUGAGCUUCCUCGCAUUGACGCACUUCUACGGCCCGUUUAGUUUGGCAGCCUGGGGUAGUGGUACCGGAGCUGCCGGGCUGGUCGGUGCUGGUGCAUACGCCGUUGCAACUACCUCUAUGGGACUCAGUGUCAAGUCGACGCUCCUAGCAGCUGCCUGCCUGCCAGCGAUCAUGGUGGUGAGCUUCUUCGCCAUUCUGCCAAGAGCUCCCAUACGGACAUUGCCUGCUCCACAUGUGGAGUAUCGUGCAAUUGACCAGGAGGAUCGGGAUCGGGAUGACCCUCUGGAUGAGCGGCACGGUCUACUCGGCUCCUUGCGGGCAUUUAAAGCCAACCUGCAGCGAGCUAGGGGUCUUUUCUUUCCCUUUAUGCUCCCCCUGCUGCUAGUCUAUGUGGCCGAAUACACGAUCAAUCAAGGUGUCUCUCCAACCCUUCUGUUUCCACUUAAAGAUUCGCCGUUCGAGCAUUACCGUGCAUUCUAUCCCGCGUACAAUGCGAUCUAUCAGGUUGGUGUUUUCAUCUCACGAUCGUCGACCCCAUUUUUCCGCAUUCACGAUCUCUACCUUCCGUCACUGCUGCAGAUCAUCAAUCUGGCCGUAUUGACAUUGAACGCCUUAUUUGACUUCAUCCCGAGCGUGUACAUAAUCUUUAUAAUCAUCUUUUGGGAAGGGCUGUUAGGGGGACUGGUGUAUGUUAAUACUUUCGCCGAAAUUGGGGACCGGGUACCGAAAGAGGACCGCGAAUUCUCACUCGGAGCGACAACUGUCAGUGAUUCCGCCGGAAUUUGUAUAGCGGGAUUUCUGGGAAUGGUGUUUGAGGUCUGGUUGUGUGAUUGGCAGGUCGCCCACGGUCGCGACUAUUGCCGGAAACUAUGA